CAGAGAACAGUUUUCACUUGCUUAUGGAGCAUAUUGCGGCAACGAGGGUCACUUUGCAGAUCGUGCGUAGAAGUGGGGGUGGAUCAGGUCUACGAACAGGAGAAGGGGGACUCGCUGAAGCUGAAGUGGUGUACUGAUAGAAGGAGAGCUACCUUUUUGAAAGUGGCCGUCGUUACAGAUGAUCUACUUGUUCGGGUUUAAACAAAAAGUUGGAACGCUUCGGGAAACACACACACACAGGAGGAAUCUUAUCGUGAUAAAAGGAGGGACUGAGGAAACCCAUGAUAAAAAGUCCAGACAGGAUAGCCGGCUUCCGGGCUGAGGCAUCGUACCCGGGACAUUCCGACAACGAAGCACGAGUGCUGACGAUACAACCGCGUCACUGGGUGUAACAGAGUAAUGGCGUGACAAAGCGAACUAGUUCUGGAAAUCAAGACCUGCCAGACCAGUCAUGUCGUCGCCCCCAUUAGCGGGGGGGAUGGCACCACCCGCAAUCAACACGACUGCUCCUGCUAUGGCCACUAACAUGACUGCCCCAACAAUGGCUUCAAACAUGAACACGACAAUGGCAGUCAACAUGACAUCUACGGGUAUGCCGGCAAUGUGUUUUGUGGACAACCUCAAUUUUGCAACCGUGUUUAUGAUCCUCAUCAAUGCCAUUGCCAACAGCCGGCCAAAAAACGCGGGGAGAGCGGCACAACUUCAGGCAACGAACAUUACUUACGACUUUGUCAUUGUUGGUGGAGGUACAGCCGGAUGUGUCUUAGCUAACAGGUUAUCCGAGGUAGCCGAAUGGAACAUUCUACUUCUGGAGGCAGGGGACGAACAACCUUUCGCAGCGGACGUACCAUCAUUCACGCCUUUCGUACAAGGCAACACCAGUGGUGUGGACUGGAACUACGUCUCUCAACCGGAGACUAAAUCCUGUGGUCGCAUGGGAUGCCCGCUUCCUCGAGGCCGUGUCCUGGGAGGAUCAAGCGUUAUGAACGGCAUGUUAUACGUCCGUGGGAAUCGUCAGGACUACGACCACUGGGCCGCACUAGGGAACACCGGCUGGAGCUACAACGAAACGCUUCCGUACUUCAUUAAAUCAGAGAACAACCUUGACCCACAAUUCGCAGCUGACACCACUUACCACGGCACCGGAGGUUUCCAGAGCAUUCAGACACUCUCUUACCAAGACAUAAAUGUCAGAGCUCUCAUCGCAGCAUUCACAGAAAUUGGUUACAGGCAGCUUGACUUCAACGGUGCCGAGCAGGAAGGCGUUAUGCGUACCCAGACGACGACGCUAAACGGUGAGCGCCAAAGCUCGAACUCGGCGUUCCUGACACCAAUCCGACGUGUAAGGCCAAAUCUUCGUAUUGUCACUAACGCUACAGUAACAAGAAUUUUAAUUGAUGGCAUGAAGAGAGCUACUGGCGUCCAGUACGUUUUAGAAGAAGACAGAAACACUACCUUAACCGUUAUGGCGAGUAAGGAAGUCAUCAUCAGUGCCGGAGCAAUCAAUUCCCCACAGUUACUCUCCCUGUCUGGAGUAGGACCAAGGGAAUUUCUUGAACCACUUGGUAUCCCAGUCAUUCAAGAUCUGAGCGUGGGUUACAACCUUCAGGACCACGUCGCUUCUGGAGGCAUAUAUUAUACAUUGACCGAUACUGCUCAGGUAGCAAACCUCAAUCAAAGGAUGGAUCACCUUGUUCAGUAUAUUCGGGAUGGUAAAGGGCCUUUGUCUGGAAUCGGUGUCCUUCAAGUCAAUGCCUUCGGAAGGUCCCAGUAUGCAAGAGCUAUGGGCGACUACCCUGAUCUUCAAUUCACAUUCGAUUCAGAAGUUGUUAUUCGCAACCUUACAACAGGACUUACCAGUCCCUUAACAAGAAACGGAACUGUGCCACCAGGCGAGACAUGCGCAGUUGAGCCUAUUACUCUGGAACCCUUCUGCUACUAUAACCACAUCAUACCACGUCCGAUGGUCCUGAGGCCGCGAAGUCGCGGCCUUGUGAAGCUGAACACAACAAAUCCAUUCGACCCACCCUUAGUGUACCCAAAUUACUUCUCAGAAGCACCAGACAUGCAUAUCCUCAUAGAGGGUCUUCUGAUAGCGGCAAGACUAUCCCAGACCAGUGUGUUACGAAACAUGAGGUACUUGCUAGACAUCACCCCCGUACCGGGUUGUGAAGCAUUGCUUUUUGGUUCAUUCGCCUAUUGGAACUGUGUUAUAGUUCAGACAACUCAGACAAUGAACCACCAUUCCGGAACUUGUAAGAUGGGACCAUCAUUCGAUCGCAGCGCUGUGGUGGAUCCUCAGCUCAGGGUUUACGGUAUCACAGGUUUGAGAGUAAUCGACGCAUCCAUCAUGCCUUACAUUGUCAGUGGCAACACGAAUGCGCCAACGACUAUGAUUGCUGAGAAAGGCGCCGAUAUGAUUAAGCAAACCUGGAUUCCUAUGAACGCAACAGCAGCACCAGCAACAAAUGCGACAAUGAAUGGAACUAUGGCACCUGGGAACAUGACGAUGUCAAAUGCUACGACGAGCUCCAACAUAACCAUGGCGUCCAACGCAAUGAUAAAUUCGAAUAGAACUACAAUAAUAGUGUCCAACACCACAACUAAUUCCAACACCACUGUAAUAUCAAGUAUUUCAACAGCAGUCAACGAUACAGAAGCAUUAAACUCUUCAAUGCCCGUCAUGGAUACAACUUCUUCAGUACCACCAAUGCCGACAACGAUGGCAACGAAGAGAAGAAGGGAGACAGUCAGACGAAAGACGAGGCCAAAACGGAAACCGACGAGAACUCCCGUAUAGCAAUCAGCGGAUGUGAGGCAUGACAAAGACGGAUUCUUAACCACGUUUCAAAUUAAAACCAAUAACGUUCGCCAAGCGUAGUGUAAACGUCCAGUAUAUGUACCCUGUUCACGUCCUCCGGUUGUAGACGUAACUUGGACUAGAACUUCAUGGGUCCGGGAUUCAUUUUUAAUUCUAUGUGGUUCAUGGUUCUACUCUAUAGAAACUUGGGCUUCUCUAUAUGUUCAGCAUCCACCAGACCGAAUUUCUCUUACGCAAUCUGUCACAAAAAUGAUAAGAUAUAAUCAGUAAUAAAUCGAUUCAGACCACACAUUCUACACAUGGCAUUAAAUUGCAACUUUACACUACUUAUGAUAAUCAUAUCACAUAAUUCGAAUCCAAGCUCGUAAAGAAAUGGUAUUUAAUCUCUACCAUUCUAAUUUAUCUCUCGAACUUAAUGUCGUUCAGCUUGCAUGUGCAUAACGCAUCCGUUAAACAACAGCUCAGCUGCAGUGGUCCGAAGCGGAACAAAGACGCAUUAAUUUUAAAAUAUAUCGUGAAAUUUCUCCAGCUCACUCUAACAAAACCAGUGCGAAAAAUGUCAAUUCUGGAAGCUGAUAACCAGUGAAUUAAAUAACACUUGGUACGGACCUACUAGAUGAGUGAGAAUAAUCACGGAGCACUAUUAUCAUGUUGUCAUAUACUUAGCGUUGGGUUCACUUAUGUGAAACGUGCGUUGACACAGCCGUCAAACUUUAUUCAACAGAGAUGAAAAGAAACCUGCAAACAUUAUCGUCGGCAUACAUGCAAAAGCGGUGUGUAAACCUACCAUUCUGUAAACAAGUGUUUAAAAAGUAAUUUAGAAUUCAGGGAGCAGGGUAAUAAAAUAAUAAUUAAACGCCAUCCAUGAAUGGA